AUGCGCGGGAAGAGCAGAAACCCUAAUUUGUUGUUGGUGGACAAUUGUGAAGGUAGUUGUAGCAGAAUUGUUGAAGAGAUUGGUGAUGUCAGUAAGAGGCACCCUCUUAGGGUUUGGCUUGUUGUGCUUCUUGUUCUUGACCUUGUUGGUGUCAGAUGCUGGAGGCACAUUCUCUUUGUCGUUAUGUGCAUUCAAGAGAAGCAUUGGAUUGGAAUAGAGAGCUCAAAAGGGGUGGCUAUGGCAGCGUUUGGGAUUAGAAUCAUGCUACUGAUGGCAGCUUGCUUGCUUCCACUAUCUGCAGAAGCCAUGGUUCGCCACUACAAUUUCAAUGUGGUCCUGAAGAAUGUCACAAGAUUGUGUUCAACUAAGCCCAUAGUUACAAUAGAUGGAAAGUUCCCUGGUCCAACCAUCUAUGCCAGUGAAAAUGAUACUGUUCUGGUUAAGGUGGUCAACCAUGUCAAGUACAACAUCAGCAUUCACUGGCAUGGUGUGAGACAAUUGAGAACAGGUUGGGCUGAUGGGCCAGCAUACAUAACUCAGUGUCCAAUUCAACCGGGCCAGACCUAUGUUUACAACUUUACCCUAACAGGCCAGAGAGGCACACUUUGGUGGCAUGCACAUAUCCUAUGGCUUAGGGCCACUCUCCAUGGUGCCAUUGUCAUCUUGCCCAAGCUUGGAGUUCCUUACCCUUUUCCUAAACCAAACAUGGAACAAGUUAUCAUAUUGAGUGAAUGGUGGAAUUCAGAUACUGAGGCUGUAAUAAAUGAAGCAUUGAAAUCAGGUUUGGCACCAAGUGUCUCUGAUGCCCACACAAUCAAUGGCCACUCAGGACCUAUCCAAGGUUGUGCUUCACAAGAAGGAUUUAAGUUGAAUGUUGAACCAAGACUCACUUACUUGCUACGAAUAAUCAAUGCUGCACUAAAUGAAGAGCUCUUCUUUAAAAUUGCUGGCCAUGAACUCACUGUUGUUGAGGUUGAUGCAGUCUACACAAAACCUUUCAAAACUGACACCAUUGUCAUAGCACCUGGCCAGACCACAAAUGUGCUUCUAACAACCAAACAUGCAAUUGGCAACUACUUGGUUGCAGUCUCUCCUUUCGUGGAUGCUCCUAUUACAGUUGACAACAAGACUGCCACUGCAACUUUACACUAUUCAGGCACCCUUGGUUCCACCAUUACCACACUCACUUCCAUCCCUCCCAAAAAUGCCACCCCUCUUGCCACCAGUUUCACCAAUUCUCUCAGAAGCUUAAACUCUAAAGAGUAUCCUGCAAAAGUCCCUUUGAAGAUUGAUCAUAACUUGCUCUUCACAGUUAGCCUUGGUAUCAACCCUUGUGCCACUUGUGUGAACAAUAGUAGGCUGGUAGCAGAUUUCAACAAUGUUACAUUUGUCACGCCUAAAAUUUCUCUUCUUCAAGCACAUUUCCUCAACAUUAAGGGAGUUUUUACUGAUGAUUUUCCUGGAAAUCCUCCUAGAGUCUACAACUUCACUGGGACGCAACCAUCAAAUUUGAGGACCAUGAAAGGGACAAGGGUCUAUAGACUUGCUUACAAUUCAACGGUUGAAUUAGUCUUGCAAGAUACUGGAAUGAUAACACCUGAGAACCAUCCCAUUCAUCUCCAUGGCUUCAAUGUUUUUGUGGUUGGUAAAGGGCGAGGAAAUUUCAACCCCACAAAAGACCCCAAGAAGUUCAACCUUGUAGAUCCUGUCGAGAGAAAUACAGUUGGAGUCCCAUCUGGGGGCUGGACUGCUAUCAGAUUCAGGGCUGAUAAUCCAGGUGUCUGGUUUAUGCACUGCCAUUUGGAAAUUCAUACAACAUGGGGACUGAAGAUGGUUUUUGUUGUAGACAACGGUAAAGGACGAAGUGAAUCUUUAUUAGCACCUCCAAAUGACCUACCCAAGUGUUGA